CGCCCAUUCUCCCGACUACCGUGUAAUCUCAGCCAGCGGCAGCUGCGCAGCCUCAACAACACACCGCAGAUCAGUGUAUUCCGCGCGACUACGCGUAUUUACUGUUAUUUAUUUAAUUUAUGUUAUAUAAUAGUAACUGACAAGGCACACACCCGUCCUCUACCGACAAACGGACUCUAGCAAUGCACAAGAUAUAUUAAAGCAGAGACGGUGAGCAGACAAACAUAUAACUGGAGUGUCAGCAUCAGGCCAGGUGGUGAAGAACCAGAAGAUUGGUAAGAAGAGUGACCUGGCCCGUGCCUCAGCCAUGACAGACCCCAGCCUGACGUCCCCCUCAGAGGCCCCUCUGCGCUCCCCCCGGGCUGCACCCCUUUCCCUCUCCUUCCCCUUCUUGAGGGAGGGCAGCCGUGUGUGGGAAAGGGGAGCGCCACCCCAGCCCCGGUCACUGCCCAGCCCACUGCCCACCAAACGCAACCGCACCUAUUCAGCCACGGUGCGGGCCACCUCAGGGCCAGCGUUUAAGGGCGUGUGCAAGAGCUUCUGCAGGUCACAAGGUCAUGGCUUCAUCCGCCCCAUCAAUGGCGGUGAUGACAUCUUUGUUCACAUCUCUGAUAUCGAGGGCGAGUAUGUACCAGUAGAAGGAGAUGAGGUCACAUACAAAGUCUCCCGGAUCCCACCAAAAAACCUGAAGAUCCAGGCCGUGGAGGUGAAGAUAGUUCAUCUGAACCCAGGGACGAAGCAUGAGACCUGGUCUGGCCAGAUCAUCAGCCAGCUAGACGAGAGCUAGGCUUCAGCGCUGGCCUGUUUAUCUACACUUGGCUACAGGGAGGGCUAGGGUGGGAAGUUGAGGGGUCUGGCUAGGGCAGGCAGGGACGGCCAACUGGUGCUGGUGAGUCUGUCUAAAUCAGGUGUGCUAGAGCUGGGCUAGAAAAAAAACCUAGAUACACUGACUGGCUCCUCAGGACACAAGUUGGCCAUCUGUGAACUAGGACGUGGUUAGUACAGACUGGAUUGAUAAGUCAUAAAAGCAAGGGAGGAGAAUAUGUUCAACCUGAAUGUACUGGAAGUGGGUGAAGGGAUUGAGCGGAGUGGUGGAGGAAAUAGAAUGAGAAAUCCGACACCAUUUUGAGGAGAAGCAUUACUAUUGGUGUGAUAUGAAAAUGAGGUUGGAGAGAAAAUAACUGAUGAAGGUUUAGAGGUACAGAAUCGGAAAUGUCUGAUUGAGAGAGCAAUCGGGAAGGGAGGGAGAGAUGGGCGUAAGACAAAAUAAAAGCUUUGAAGAAUGAUUUAUAUUUGACUGUGAAUGGAAAAGCCACUAUUAAUAUGCUCUCGAGGUAAACAACCAUCUUUGUAUUUUUGCCUUUUAUUUAUAUAUAUUUAUUUGAUCAUUUUGUUUUGAUUUUUUUGUAUCCGUUAGUUUUGAGGUUACUGGAUUUAAGUUUUGGGUAUUGUAGUCAAACGAAUGCACUUAAAAACUUGAACUUUUCUGAAAUACUGCCGAACCGACUACAACUCCUAUUAGGCUUUAUUAUGUGGCAAUUUGUAGUCCUGUUUGCAAAUUGUAACUCACCAUGAUGGUAUGAGCAAAUUACUGUAAGGUUUUUGAAACUUUUCUAUUGUCUGAGAGACACUGUAACACACUGUCAAUGGCAUUGAAAUACAUUUUAAUGUAUUUGUUUAAGUUCUGAAAUGAUCAUUUAAUUGUUACUGAGCCGUUAUUCAUAUUUGUUUCAUGUCUACCCAUUAUGUUUAGCAUUUCUCCAUAUUUCUAUGUAUUUUUCUGUACUUCAUUCUUACUGUUUUGGUUUGUUUUAUUUCAUGUUUUAGUUAAAAUACUAGGUUUUUCAUUGGUCACAGUUCAGAGCAUUUUCUGUUAGACAAGCCACUGUGGCCAUAGUUUACCCUCAUUUCUAUGUGAGCCUUGAAAAGAGCACUAAAAACAUUUUAUGAUUCACAA